GCCAGGCUGCGCAGACACCGCCAUGACUCCCCAGGCUCCAGCUACGCCGCCACGGUGGCGGUCCGCCAACCAUCACAACGGGUAGCUGGGAAAGAUGGACUCCAUACUGCAAGUUACAACCAGGAUUCUCCAGGGCCACCAACGGGUGAACAAUACCACAGUAGAAUAAUUAAGCUAUGCCUGGAGGACUCCGACUAGAAAACAAGAUUACAUUAAGCUAACGUUUUUUGGCCAAGGGGAUUUAGGCUUUCUCCAGAUGGUUUAAUAUCGAGAUAGACAAAGUCAACAGCACAGACUGAUCCAAGACAAGUUAUCUUCCUGCCAAACUUUGAUUUUAAGACCAUACAAACUUGCAGCCAAAUAUUUAUGGUUCGUUUGAAUGGUGUUGAUUUUAAACUCCACUUUUUAAACUUCACUGUGUUCAUCCGUGUUUUUAUAGUCUCGUUAUUUAAGAGACAACGUAGACAUAAGUGAGGACGGCCACCAUGCCCAGGCCAACGGCAGGGCCUGGCGUGCCAUCUGAGGACAUUUAUGAAUUCUCAAUGGACGAAAAGGAGGCUCAGUCUCUCCACUUGCACAGAAAAUCUUUAGAGAAGACGUCUCCUCUGAGCAAAUAUAUUGAGACUGAACACCAGCAAGCGGGGCUCUUCUCUCUGUCUCCCUUCUAUGCCUCCGUGGACCCCACUGUUGACCUCCAGAAGAAAAAGAGGAAGAAAUGUGGCGACUGCACUCCCUGCCUCCGCAAAGAGAACUGCCGUUCCUGCGCAAACUGUCUGAACCGCAAGACGGGCAAGCAGAUCUGCAAACUGCGCAAAUGUGAACAGCUGAAGAAGAGACGGAAUGAGUGGGAGGUGAGCGAGGUGGAAUAUUUUGAAGACAACCGACGAGGCUGCUUGGGAAACCCUGACCUGGCAGCUGAGCUGUUGGUUCGUCAGCGCCAUGAGGCUCUUGUGAGGUGUAAAUGUGGUGGUUAG